CAGGAACAAGAAUGAGCAUGCUAUCCCUGUCUUGGCUGGCGGACCUGGGACUGGAAAGAGUAGAUUUCUUGAUGAAAUUCAAAACCUACUAAAUGAAUACGCUCAUGCUUCUAAUGAUCAAAAAGUCAUCAAUGCUUUCAAGAAUAUGAUUGUUGUCAAUGUUACGUACAGGAAUGGAACCACUGCUUCGAAUACGGAUAAAAUAUUGGGCAGUGAAGCAUCACUUGCAAUGCGCCUUUUUUUUGCGUACUUCCAUCCUACAUCCAAUUUUGACAAAUUCAUCUCAUUAUGUCAGCAGAGCAGCCCAGACCUCAGACUCUCCACUGCCAUGCAGGUUAUCCGGCAGCACGUAUCCAUGAAUCUUGACGAUAGAGUCGCUCUGAUUGUUGGCAUCAAUGAAUUUAAUAAGUUGCACGACAUAGAUCAGUCAACCUCGAGGAGCCUUAUAACCAGUAUUGGAGGACAAAUGUGUAAAGCGCCUAAAGCAUUUUUUUUUGUUCCCAUUGUUGCCAGUACUAUUGAAGGACUUAUAUAUAUGUAUCCACAGAUUUUCCUCCCAUUGCCCCUUCUUUCAGAUGAUAGGGCAUCAAAAUUAGCCGUGCAAUCAUUUGCGAUGAUGAUUACAUUGCUUACAACCAUUAUUUCUGGCGCUGCAUUGGUGAUAUCAGAGGUCACGUUAGGAACAUUGGAAUUCUUUCUUGAGAAAUUCUCGGAACCAAAGCUGCUGCUGAA